AAGCAUUUUACCUCAAGAAUGUUUAGAUGAAUAUCAUUAAAGCCUGAGAGAGCUAAGAGUCUGAUCCAUCUGUGAAACUCAAGGAUUAUGGCUCGCCUGGUGACUUUGGACAUUACUAAUACAUGUAUCAGAAUAGCAACUUCACCAGGAUUCCACUAUGCGAAGAUCGGGAGAGAGUUUGAUCUCAAUCUGGACCCACAACAACUUGACAGUGCUUUUAGGAAAUCGUUCAAAGCACACAACUUGUCUCAUCCGUGCUUUGGAGCACAGCAAGGUCUGACUUCAAGAGAUUGGUGGAGAAUGGUCACCACAGAAUUAUUUGUCCAAGUUGGAGUUGACAGUAAUGAGUUGAAUGAAAAACUUGCCACAAGAGUGUUUGAUGACUUUGCUGGGCCGGCAAACUGGGAGGUUUUCCCAGAUGUGGAGCCGUCUCUGAAAAAAAUUAAGCAAGCCGGGAUAGUGCUUGGUGUUAUAUCAAACUUUGACGAGAGAUUAGAGAGCAUCAUUACAGCACUAGGCAUUCGACAGUAUUUCGACUUCAUUAUUGCUUCAGUGUACACUAAAUGUGCCAAACCUAACCCUAGGAUUUUUGAGAUGGCCCUGCAAGAAUGUUCUGGUAUUGAAGCUAAUGCUUCAGUUCAUGUUGGGGACGAUUACGAAUUGGAUUAUCUAGCUGCUAAGAAUUUUGGAAUGAAAUCUCUUCUUUUGGUGAGAGAAGGUACAAGCAAAGAGAACAUUCCUAGAGACACACCAACUGUAUCCAGUCUAACUGAAGUCUGUAGUCACUUGAGGUUAUAACAAACACAAGUAUUUCGUUUGUCAGAGCUGCCCGGUUAGCUCAGUUGGUAGAGCAUCAGACUUUUAAUCUGAGGGUCAAGGGUUCAAGUCCCUUAUCGGGCGCGCAUUUCUUUUUUCUUUUAGCAGUAUUCUGCAAAAUAAUGAUAUUUUUUGCACAA